AUGAAGCUGCUCGUGCUGGCUGCCUGGCUCUCAGUGGUCACCAUAGAGGGCGUCGUCAGCUUGGGAACUACUCAGCAAUUGAACAAAAUGAUCUCCUCUCUGGUCCCUGAGAUACUUUUUACGCGAUUCAUUAAGUACGGCUGCUACUGUGGUGGGGGUCGAUCAGGUUCUCCGGUGGACGAACUGGACAGGUGCUGCCAGGAACACAGAAGCUGCUGGGACCAAGCCAUAGAGUUGGGACACUGCAGCGAUCUCAUAGAAAGCUACUUUCUAUUGUUCCCAAUCUCCUGCUACGACUCUAAGGUCAUCUUCAAUAGUCUUCUAGGCUAUAAGAGCCCUUGCGAGGAUUUCCUCUGCAAAUGUGACCGCGCUGCUGCCAUUUGCUUUGCCAAGGCCCCGAGGCCCCGGGAGGAGUACUAUAACCUGGACAGAGAGAAGCACUGUCAGGCUUGA